UGAUGCUAAGUUAUCAUGAUUGACGAAGAUAAAUGGCAUAAUGUGACACCACAAUCCCACCUUUCUGGACUGGCCCAUCACGUGACACCCCUAGACGUCACCAUUCUCGCACCUCACAAGGGCAAACACAGCAUGACAACAUACGAGGAUAAAGGUGCAAAGCCGGAGGCGGGCAGAUUUGUCGCCUUCGACCAUGUCACCUUCUGGGUUGGAAAUGCCAUGCAAGCUGCGUCCUGGUACUGUACGCGGAUGGGUUUCACGCCGUACUGCUACAAGGGUCUGGAGACGGGGAGUCGUGAGGUGGUGUCACACGCCGUGAAGCAGGGAGAUAUCAUCUUUGUGUUCCAGUCUGCCCUGAACCCAGGAAAUGAAGAAAUGGGUGAUCAUCUAGUCAAGCAUGGGGAUGGAGUCAAAGAUGUCUCCUUCAGUGUGGAGGAUCUGGAAGCCAUUGUUAAGUCUGCCAAACAGCGAGGAGCGGAGGUGGUGAGGGACAUCUGGGAGGAGUCGGACGAUGGUGGGACUGUCAGAUACGCGACCGUCCAAACGUAUGGCGACACCACCCACACAUUUGUGGAGAGAGGAAACUUCAGUGGUAUGUUCCUGCCCGGGUACCGGAAACCCCUGAACACGCAGGACAAGCUACUGGAGAAGCUACCAGACAUCGGACUGAAGUUUAUCGAUCAUGUCGUGGGAAACCAACCGGACGAGGAGAUGACAUCAGUCGCAGACUGGUAUGAGAAGACUCUACAAUUCCAUCGCUUCUGGUCCGUGGACGACAAGCAGAUCCACACGCAGUACAGCGCCCUCCGUUCUAUCGUGGUCACCAACUUCGAGGAAACAAUCAAGAUGCCCAUCAACGAACCCGCAACCGGCAAGAGGAAGAGUCAGAUCCAGGAAUAUGUGGACUACUAUGGUGGCGCAGGGGUUCAGCAUAUUGCCCUGAACACAAGUGACAUAAUCUCUGCCAUCACCAACCUCCGCGAGCGUGGAAUGAACUUCCUUGUCGUGCCAAAGACGUACUACAAGAAUCUUCGGGAGCGUCUCAAGACUGCCAAGAUCAAAGUCAAGGAGUCACUGGAUGUCAUUGAGAAACUGCACAUCCUGAUCGACUUUGACGACAAUGGCUACCUGCUGCAGAUCUUCACCAAGCCGGUAGAGGACCGCCCCACUUUGUUCCUGGAGGUCAUCCAAAGGCACAACCACACGGGAUUUGGGGUAGGCAACUUCAAGUCGCUCUUCGAAGCCAUCGAAGCAGACCAGCAAGCCAGAGGCAACCUGUGAGGACCACACCCCUGAACCCUACCCACAAUGCUCCCUGUGUGGGUUCCCGAAAAAAAGCAACAUAGUCUAUCAGACUAAACAUAUCUAGUAUAUAGAGAACAACAUGAUUAAGAACCAGCCAAUCAGCUUACAGUUGGCUGUGAUUGACAGUGUGAUUGACAUUUGUGUGUUCUAGGUCUAUAGUGCACCUCCCAUGCAGACAAAAUCCACACCUUAUCAGGAAAAUUUUGUUGGGAUGUAGUUUUCAAUGCUUACCUACAUAGGUAUCAAAUCAUGUGCGUUCUUGCUAAUUUGAGACCAAUGAGAUCUAGAUAAUAAUUUGUGUGCUACUUUGAUUGGUCGAAAAUAUAACUAGAUAACAGAUUUAGUAAGUUAAGGGUGACAUUGAGUGUGCUUAAGAUUUGAGGUUGGUUUGAACUUAAUAUCAGUGUGACUCCUUUUAGUCCAUAUUAAAUUGCCAGGAUGGCCACUUAUGGUUUUUCUCUUCAACAUAUGUUUUAGUGAUUGUAUUUUACUUGGUUGACCAAAGUAGUGGAGGAAGUUACAACAGGACUUCAAUGGGUAGUGAAAAAAAUAGACAGGAUUGUCAAGUGGUGAAAGCACUUGAAUAGUCAGUGUUGUUAAGGUAUCUUUUCCUUUGUAAACACAUACUACUUAUUAACUCCUAUAGUAUGCACACAACAUUGUUGCAAUGUACAAAUGUAUGUAGAGUAGUGCCUCUCAUUUAAUGUAUGGUAAAUACUCAAAAUGUACAGUAAUGUUACAUGCAGCACUGUUGAAUAGAUUAAUAUUGGUGUGGUUUGGAUCCUGUGAGCAAAGAGAUCUUUGCCACCAAUAAAAGUUGCCAGCUGUGAAACUGA